AUGUCAGAUUUUUCUUCAUCAACUUCAGUUGUGCCGAGCUGCGUCCUCUGCCACAGUUGCUCGAGUUACUCUUUUACUGUCGAAGCCUCAUCCGUACAACUCCCUGUAUUCCCCCCCAAUUACACCUUUUCGGAGUCCGAGAUCUCCCAAACACUUUCAGCCCUAAAAGAUGGACAAAUCAUUUUGGAGUCUUACGACAAGGAGAUUUCACGCCUUCGAUCCAUCUUGAUGAAGAGAGAAGCCGAGAGGAAGGAUCUAUGGACCAGAAUGGAGUCAUGUCGUAGCUCUAUAUCAACGAUGAGAAGGUUUCCGACCGAGAUUUGGCAUAGAAUUUUUGCCUUCGUGUUCUCGUCCUCAACAGACUGGUCUCUUUCUAUAUCCGGGAACGAUGUACAAGCAAUACCCCUCACCCUUUCUCGCGUCUGUUCUCGUUGGCGAUCUAUUCUGAAAGCAAUGCACGAGAUGUGGUCUUCCAUUCGUAUAAACAUUGAUCAUCCCACCGAGUACACCAUAGAUCUGCUGGACCUCUACAUCUCGAAUUCCCGAGGACAGCCUUUGAGGAUAUCCAUCUGGCAGUCCUACGAGGCAAGCGAGUACACAAAUGACUUAUCUCAGGCGUCUUUAUAUUUUGGGGAGAAUGGUCUAUUUGCGUUUCAAAAGUUGAUGAAGCAUAUGACACGGUGCAGCGAGCUUCAUGUGGACGUUUCUUGGGAGAUAAUGUCUAUCGUCGUAAAACCUGAAGAGGUGUCGUUCCCUCUAUUGCGCUCGUUGUAUGCCCAUUGUCCUCCACCCGGAGUGAUCGUGGCACCGUCAAUUGGCUGGUUUUUGGAUGUGAUUCGGCGGGCUUCCUUGUUCACCAAACUGUAUCUGAAUUACUUACCGGCCGUAGUCAGCUCCUCUCUUCCCUACCACCAAAUCCGCGAAAUGGUGGUUGACGACAUCGAUGAAGUAUCCUUUGGUACACUCAUCUCAUCCGCUACAAGUCUCGAAACAUUGGACACAGCUUUAUCGAUGCCAAAGCUCGUCGAUGCACCUGAACAGGGCUUCACCUCGAGAUCCCUUCGAAAUCUGAAACUAAGGCUUAAUAAUGGGCCGAGAAGCUACGUUAGCCGCAUGCUUUCAAAAUCACUCGACAGAGUCAUCUUGCCUUCCCUUGUGUCUCUGAAAAUCACAGGUUCCGCUUUAUGGGUCACGUCAGUACCAGAGGCAAUUUGUGCUAUCGAGUCCAUGAUUGGGCGGUCUCGUUGUUCAUUGAGGACCUUGGCGCUUUACUUCCCACUCCGCGACAGCCAUUUACCGGGUUUCAAUGGAAUUUUACGACGGUGUCACGAGUUGACUGAGCUGGAAGUCGUUGGAAUUUCCCCUCACAGUGAGGAGGUGGGCGGGGAUCCUAGAUCACGCAUUUCGAAUGCCCUUCACAACCUCGUCAUCUCAGACUUGGAGCCAACGGUAGAAAGAGGGCGUCAGACCGUGAUCCUCCCCGAGCUCAAAAAGCUUGUUCUUCAUGUAGGGAACCCCGACCGUUGGAAAUCGGACGAGAUGCAUUCCUUCAUGGAAAUGUUGAGGUCAAGAGCGUCGAGUGAAAUUUCGUCAUUGACAGACGUACAUUUGAUUUUUCACCCGGGAGCCGUUUUCCCUGACCUUGAACUUGAAGUCUAUAUUCUAGACCCGGAUGCGUCGCCAUCUUCGUUUGAGCAAUCCGACGAGUUCGACUUUAAUGAGGAAGUGCAAGUUCUUCGUGGAAAGGGGAUUGUGCUCCACAUCGAACAUAGGCGCAUAUCCUAUCAUAUCUGA